AUGGCGGCAUCCAGAAGAUGGUUCCACCCAAAUAUCAGCGGCCAGCAGGCAGAGAAACUGCUCAUGGAAAAAGGACAAGACUGGAGCUUCUUGGCCCGACCCAGCAGUACAGAGGGAGCCUACACUUUGUCAAUCAGGCGCAACGGAGAGGUCACACAUAUAAAAAUUCAGAACACGGGAGACUCGUACGAUCUCUAUGGGGGAGAGACAUUUGCCACACUCUCAGAACUGGUACAGUAUUAUAUGGAAAAUCAAGAACAGCUGAAAGAGAAGAAUGGCACUGUCAUCAAACUGAAGUAUCCCAUGGCAUCAGUUGACCCCACACCAGAAAGGUGGUUCCACGGUCACCUGACUGGCCGGGAAGCAGAAAAUCUGUUGAGGGAAAAGGGCAAGAACUCUAGUUUUCUUGUGAGAGAGAGUCAGAGCAAACCUGGCGACUUUGUUAUAUCUGUUAAAUGUGAGGACAAGGUCACGCAUGUCAAGAUUCGAUGCCAGGGCAACCAGUAUGAUGUCGGCGGAGGGGAGAAGUUUGACUCCUUGACAGAGCUCGUGGAACAUUACAAGAAGAGUCCAAUGGUGGAAACUUCAGGCACAGUAGUUUAUAUAAAGCAUCAACUCCAGCAGGCUGAGUUUGUGGGCAUGCGUUACUCUAGAGAAAAGGGAAGCAGGCCAGAGAAUAAGGCGAAAAAUCGAUAUAAGAAUAUUCUACCAUAUGAUUACACAAGAGUGCUCUUAACUGACGGGAAUGAGGAUCUUGGCACCGAUUAUAUCAAUGCUAAUUAUAUCACCUGGACGGAUGAUGACCAAUUGAUAGAGCCAAAGAGGAAAUACAUUGCUACCCAAGGACCGUUACCUGGCACAAUGUUGGAUUUCUAUCGCAUGAUCUGGCAAGAAGGGUCAAGAGUCAUUAUUAACUUGGCCAGGAUAACAGAAAGAGGAAAGACACAGAUAAACAUCUACUGGCCCACAGAAGAGGAGAACUCCGAGAAGCUGUUUAUAUUUGAAAGUCAGGCCGACAGCAGUGGCAGGAAGGAGUUCAUUAGUCAGUACCGGGUGAAGCUGAUCAGUGAAACCGGAGACAAGACCUACAUUCGUCGGGAAAUGUUGCUGAGUAAAGAAGACAAGGAUGGAAAGGGCCACAUGGGAAUCAACAACCUCUUGGAGUCUCUGCCCAGCCCUGGUCCGGUUGUUGUCCACUGCAGGUUUGGCUUCUCACAUUUAUUAAAUAUGCUCUUAG